AACUCUGUUCCUGACAGGUUUCUGCGAAUACAAAACACAGGGGAAGUCUCUAUAGACGACACAAUACAAGACAGUAAAAUAAAAUACAAUGGCUUAGUUUCAAAGGCAAGCUUCCGAAACCUUUAAACCAACCAAGCUUAGAUCAUUGCUUUGCGGCCAAUGCAUCUAAAAACAGAGCAUGCAUCGACCCUUCUCUCACCAAUUCCUACUUUACAGAAUUAAAGUACAUCUAGUUUAAAAUAUAGACUUCAGAUCUCACUGCACGUAUGUGUGUAUAUAUACAUAUUUAGCUUGCCAGGAUUGAUCAUUGGGUAUCAUAGAAUUGAAUUGAGGGGAAAUUAGAGAUCUAGAGACAGAAGAAAUUAAAAUGGAGGGAUUGAAGUUGAAGCAGCGGUCAGUUGUGUUAAUGGCAGUGCUGGUUUGUGUUGGCUUGGUCACGGAAGAAGCCAUGGCUGCUCAGUAUGAAGUGGUGUGGGAUCAAUCCACAGACUACAAUGCUUGGGCUUCUGGGAAAUCAUUCAAGGUUGGAGAUCAAAUUGUGUUCAAGUACUCACCGGGACUGCACAGCGUGGUGGAACUCGCCGACGAGACCGCGUACAAGAAGUGCGACAUCGGCAGCCCCCUGACCUCCAUGAACGCCGGCAACGACGCCGUCAAACUCUCAAAGUCCGGCGACCACUACUUCGCCUGCGGCACCCCCGGCCACUGCGGCCAGGGCAUGAAACUCAAAAUCACCACAGCCUCCGCGGACUCUUCCCCCAAAUCUUCCUCCAAGUCACCGUCUUCCACCUCCGCUUCCAAUUCCUCGCCGGCCGCUGCUUCUUCUGCCUUCGCCGUCUUCCCUUCCUCUACCGCGGUUCUGAUGGUUGUGGUAUCUGCGAUCUGCCUCGUUUUUCUGCCUUGAGAUCAGAUUGGGGAAGAAUAAGAUUUUUUUUUAAUUCUUUUUUUUUUUAAGAAAAAAAUAAUAAGAAUAAAUUAGUAUGGUGUUAGUGGCUGAAUUUUUUAAAAUACUUUUUUGUUGGGUUGUUUAAUUAAUUAAAGGAUUAAUUAAUUAUGGUGAUUAUGAUGGGGUUUGUUUGUACUUUGAAAUUUCUAUGUGAUUAUAUUUUAUGAUUUUAUGAUUAUAUUUUAUGAUUCGGAUAA